AUGGGAGUCACCUCUCGACCACUUGAAGGCGUCCACAACAACGGAAUGCCUCCUCUUCCUCCUCUUCCUCCCCCUUCCUCUUGGCUCCCGGUCUCUCGUUACCCUUUCUCUGAUGAGCGUUUCAACACUAGUGGGACUCCACCAAUGCCGCAAACAGUCAUGCGAGGAGUCCAGGUGGUACCCAUGUGGACCUAG